AUGGCUUUUCUUUUGAUCAAACUAAUUGGUACGCCGCUUCUUCGAGCUAUUCUUCGUUGUCGACAUCGACGUCGACAUAAAUCAACUCUAACUGAUGUGGAGAGAAACUCAACAGAAAAGCGAAAACAACGACCAUCAAUGUCAAUCAUCGAACUUCGUCGAUUUUUCCAACAAUAUCAACGAAAAAAACAACGACAAAAUCGAACUCUUCUGCAUGACACUCCUUAUACAAUUUCCAACAGGUCUCAUGAAUCGAUUCGAAAUAAUCAUCAACGAACUGCAUUUUAA